AUGGCCCAAUCGCGCAAGCGUAUCAACUUCUUCGAUCUCCCGGCGGAGCUGCGCACCGUCAUCUACGAGCACGCCCUCGGCCAGAAAGAGCGCAUUCGCGUCCCAAAGUCAGCCUCUCCCAGCCUACUUCGCACUUGCACCCAGAUCCGCAACGAGGCAUCCUCCAUCUACUACAGCACCAACAGCUUCCAAGCCCGCGUGACGCAUGCCUUCGACAACCGCGCACCUGGCGAGGCCGAGAACUCCCUCAAAAAAUGGCUCCAGGCCAUCGGAUCCAAGCGCGCCGGCCAGAUCGAGAAGCUGCAUGUCAAGUACUUGGUGUCGAGCGACGGGUUUUUGUCCUUGCCGCGGGAGGAAUGGGCGUUCGUCUUUCGCGAGAAGGAUAUGCACGACUUGCUGGGACUCGAGGAGUUUGGUGUUCCCCAGGAGCAUGUGGUCAUCGAGUUCCAGAUCUUGUCGGACGAGUAUUGA